AUGGCAAUCGUUCCAGCAAUGCCGACAAGCACACCUUUGCAUACCAACACAAACAACACUCAAGCAGAUGAAACAGUCGCCGAUACUGAAGUGAACGAUGAAACUGAUGAUGAAGCACAAGGGGAUGAAGAAGAUGGGCAAUCAGAAAUCAAGGUACCUCAGCCACCAUAUGUUGGGCAGAGAUUUGAUUCAUUCAAAGAUGCCAAGGAAUUCUACCAGAGAUAUGCAAUGUUCCAUGGGUUUGCGGUCAACACUGAAUACCAUAGGAAAAUUAAAAAAACUAACGAGUACAGCAGAGGUGAGAUGAGGUCCUACAAGGCGCGAAGGAACAAGAAGGGUAAAGGUGUUGCGCCUGUCGUUCCAGAACGAAAGAGAGGUAUCAUUGUCAAGACGGAAUGCCCUGUCCGGUGUAAGCUAAAAGUAGAUGGAGCACGGUGGGUGGUCACUGAAUAUUUUGACGAGCACAACCACGAACUCAUAAAGAAGUUUGACCUGAGAGAGCAGGUGGCUGACAUAGAAGACACGAUAGCCUACUUCGACGAGAAAGCAAAAGCAGAUCCAGAUUUCUUCUACAGGAUAAGAUUGGACGAUGAGGACCGUGUCAGGAACAUGUAUUGGGUGGAUGGUGCUGCAAGAAGAGCCUACAAACAUUUCCGAGAUUGCAUUUCGUUCGACACGACAUAUCUCACUAAUAUGUACAAGAUGCCCUGCGCUCCAUUCAUAGGAAUAAAUAACCACAAUCAGUCAUUGCAGUUCGGAUGCGGGCUCGUUCGGAACGAAGACACGGAUGGGUACACUUGGCUGUUCAAAACUUUCCUGGAGUGCAUGGGUGGACUUGCUCUGAUGAACAUAAUAACAGACCAGGAUUUUAGCAUGCGUGCAGGCAUAGAGGAGGUCUUUCCAUUGGCAGUGCACAGGCACUGCAGGUGGCAUAUUAUAAAGAAGGCCGAGGAGAUGCUAGGACCGUUCUUUGCUGACCGUCCAGAGCUGCACAAGGCAUUAGAGUUGUGCGUGGACCACAGCUUGACCGUGGAGGAGUUUGAACGGAGCUGGACAGCUAUGAUUGAAACAUAUCAAGUCCAAGACAACGAGACGCUUGCUAGCCUGUGGGAGAAGUGA